CCGCUCCGGGGCCGCCGAGAUGCGGGCGAGAGCGGGCGGGCUGUGGAGGCGGCGGGCGGCGCUGCUGCUGCUGCUGCUGGCGCUGUGGGGCUGGAAGCCGAGGGGAGCGCGAGCGCAGCGCCCGGCAGAGGACACAGAGAACGGGACGGAUUGCGUUCCCCCUUCGUCUGAGUUUCCUGAGGGAUUUUUUACACCGCAGGAGAGAAAGGAUGGCGGAAUCGUUAUUUAUUUCCUAAUUAUACUUUACAUGUUUUUGGCCGCGUCCAUCGUGUGCGAUGAUUACUUCCUUCCGUCUCUAGAGAUCAUCACGGAAUGCCUUGGCCUCUCUCAGGAUGUUGCUGGAGCAACUUUUAUGGCUGCUGGAAGCUCUGCUCCAGAGCUUGUGACUGCUUUUCUAGGAGUCUUCGUGACAAAAGGAGACAUCGGCGUCAGCACCAUCCUUGGAUCGGCCAUCUACAAUCUUCUGGGGAUCUGUGCAGCAUGCGGGCUGCUCUCUAGCGUGGUUUCCAGGCUAUCCUGUUGGCCGCUGUUUAGAGACUGCCUGGCAUAUACCAUUAGUGCAGCGGCGGUCCUUGCGAUGAUAUCUGACAGCAGAAUUUACUGGUAUGAAAGUGCUUCCUUAUUAUUAAUAUAUGGGUGUUAUAUUCUGGUACUAUGUUUUGACAUUAAAAUCAACCGGUGCCUCAUGAAAAAGCUCAGUCCCUGCUGCUCGUGUUUUACAAAAGCCACGGAACAGAGCGGUGAGCAGCAGCCAUUAGCUGGAUGGAGGGAAGAGAGAGGGCCUCUAAUUCGUCCACAGUCAAGAACUGACAGUGGAAUUUUUCAAGAUGAGCUGGACUAUUCUCAGCUUUCAACAAGCUUACAUGGGCUCGAUGAGAUCUCUGAAGAUCAUCCAAGCGUCUUCACCAUGCCUGAAGAAGACAUGAAGAGAAUUCUGUGGGUGUUAUCCCUCCCUAUUAUUACGCUGCUCUAUUUGACUACACCAGAUUGCAGAAGGCGGUUUUGGAGGAAUUGGUUCAUGGUAACAUUUUUCAUGUCAGCAGCAUGGAUUUCUGCAAUCACUUACGUCCUUGUGUGGAUGAUAACAGUGGCAGGUGAAACACUGGGAAUUCCAGAGUCAGUAAUGGGUCUCACAUUACUGGCAGCAGGAACAAGUGUACCAGAUACAGUUGCAAGUGUGCUGGUGGCUCGAAAAGGAAACGGAGACAUGGCUAUGUCUAACAUUGUGGGAUCCAACGUAUUUGAUAUGCUAUGUCUGGGAAUACCCUGGUUUAUAAAAACUGCCUUCAUAAAUACAUCCGAACCCAUAGAAGUGAACAGCAGUGGUCUGACCUACACAGCCACUUCUCUCAUCUGUUCAGUUGUUUUUAUUUUUCUGGCAAUUCACCUGAAUGGUUGGAAAAUAGAUAAAAAAUUGGGAGCAAUUUGUCUUAUACUCUACUUAGCAUUUACUGUAUUAUCAAUUUUAUACGAACUUGGCAUCAUAGGGAACAAUCCUACAAGGGUCUGUGGUAACUAGUUUUAAUCAGUGAUGUACUGAUGAAAAAUAAAAGCCAGAGAAAAAGAUCAGUUUCUUCAUUUAGUCAAAUAAAAAAAAAUCCAAGACUUCCAUUGGACUCUAAAUCU